GAAGAGGAGGGAGACGUAUUCACUAGAAAGGCCACAACGUGCCACUGGUGGGAAGAUGCACAGCAUCAGGGAGGAAGACUAGGAUGCAUGGUAAACAGUCGCAGCUGGGCAGAGGAGCUUAAGGAUAUCUUUGCACCACAGGCAGAUCACUGUUAUAGUGGAGCAAGAACCAGGCUGUCCAGCAUCUCUGCCCAGAGGAAUGAGAGAGAGUCCAUCAGGCAGAAACUUGCCCUUGGCAGUUUCUAUGAUGACGAGCCAGUCAUCUACACCAGCUGCAGCAAGAACGGCCCUUCGUCUCGGCUACAGAGUGGGGUGAACCUGCAGGUGUGUUUUGUUAAUGACAGCAGCAGCGACAAGGACAGUGAUGCUGAAGACAGCAGGACAGAGACCAGCCUAGACACACCGCUGUCACCUGUGAGUAAGCAGAGCUCAUCUCUGUCGGACCGGGACACUGGAGAGGAGGAUUCAGAUCCUUUAGAUGACUGCGGUGGGUUUUGGCGAGUGCAGCGAAGGCUGCAAGAGGAGGCCCGGGUGGCGUUGGCUCUGGCUCGACCCAUGGCUCGCAUGCAGGUGGAGGUAGAGAGGCAAAUUCAGCUUCACAGACGUUCACCUGUGGCUGACUUGCUUCCCCAUUUGCCCCACAUCAGUGAGGGUUUAAUGAAGAGGAAUCUGAGGCAAGGGGACAUGAGAGACAUGAGUCUUGGACAACUGCAAGUCAUCACGAAUGAUUUGCAUUCACAGAUUCAGAGUCUAAAUGAGGAGCUGGUACAGUUGCUGCUGAUGAGGGAUGAGCUGCAUGUGGAGCAGGACGCUAUGCUAGUGGACAUAGAGGACCUCACCAGGCAUGCACAUAGCCAUCAGCGGCACCAGCCAGAGAAAGCCAUCUCUAAAUAAACACCUUGUCUACACACGUGUCUGUAUGCACGCCGUCUGAUUUCCCACUCUACGGACUGCUACCAGUGUUGCUAAUGAAACUUCAUCUGUGCUGACUGUAUCUGGAGAGUUGAAUGCAGCAUAUAGAGUAGUAUUAAGACACAUGUGAUACGUUGCACCACAUCUUAGAACCUCAAAACACAACAUCUACAUGUGUAAGAUCACCAAUUUCAGUAUUGACAGAUGAGUUUGUGCAGGCGUUCCACUUCCACUCAGCAUGAUUGUCCCCGUCAUAUUUCAUAGAAUUAGGGGAGUCGAGUUGAUUCCAUCCCUGAUCUUUAUUUAGCACUCUAUGAUUUUGGCACAGCUGGGUUGGAGAGAGCACCACCAUGCCUUGUGUCUCUUUUUUUAAUGAAAAACGAUGAUGAGUUGAGAUGAGCGGUCUUUUGUUUGGCUCUAAUAAUCAACAGGGUUCUUAGAAAUGCUCUGUUCACUUGUAUAUCGUUCACUUCACUAAGAGCACUGUGACAAUGCUGUUUAUCACUCUCAUUCACUAUCAAGCGUCACAUAUCUGAUCUGGUAUAUUAGGAAAUGAUAAGUACUCUGUAUUUGUUACAUUUAAGCAACUGCUUUCCAGAAAUUUCCUAAAAAAUCUUUAAGACUCAAACCUUAAUGGAAUUAAACAGCUGCUACAGUUUCCACCUCCAUUAAAGACAUUUAGAGCUUUACUGGACAGUAUUUUGACCUUUAUUUGGGCAAAUCUGUAUUUGUCAAAUAUGAUGAUCUGCUCAGUAGAAGACACAAAAAGUUCAUUUUUUUCAAAGUUUACACAAAGCUGGAAAAAGGAACAGGCAUCUUCAUACAGAUAGUCUCUUAAUAGAAAUAUGCAAUUCCAUUUUCUUAAUUUAAUAACGAUCAGAAAUGAUAAACACAGAAAAUGUAAAACAUAUAUUAAUAAAUCGCAACCUAAGUGUAUAUCUAUUUUAUCUGUUUCAAAUGUUUAUGUAUGUAAAUGUUAAAAUAUACUUUAUUAAAAGGAAUAACAACAUGCCUUGUUGUGUUUUAGUGUUUUAAUUCUAAGCUUUUUAAGAAUGUCAUUUAACACAAAGUCACUUUUUUCUAUUGCUUGCUUCAUGAACACAUGUAUUCUAUAAUGAUUGUAAAAAAAAAAGAAAAAAAUGAUUCCGUAAUAAAUGUUUCAAGUGUGUCGACUUUCA